GUCAAGACCUGCUCCUCACCGUGAGCCCUCAUCUGCACUGCCUCCACCUGGAGGUGAGUGAUCUGUUGGGAUGCACUGAGAGCAGCGAGGUCACAUGGAACACACCUGACAUGGAGGUCAAGGGUCAUCUCAUCUCAGUGCCUGACCUGCUGGGUGGCGGUCCGGAGGGAGAUGAGCAGCGUGUUGAAAGGAUGACAGAACUACAGGAGAGAAAACGCAGUCUGGAGACUCUACUGAAUACCAGACUGGCUGAGCUACGGAGGGUCUGUCUGCAGGAGACGGAGCUGACAGGAGAGGUUCCUGGUGAUUUCCCCCUGGAGGCAGGGGAGAGACGCUCCAAGGUACGCCAACGGGUCGGAUCAUACCGCCACGGACCCAAGACUGUUAUAAAGUCAGAGGAGGAGGAGGAGUGUCAGAGGAAACCUAAGAAGAAUCUGUUGAGUGGUGCCCUGAGACGACAUGUAGACUCUGAUCAUCACCAGACACACAGCAGGAGGACCGUACACAGAGGAUGCCACACAGAUGACACAGUGAACUCGGAGAGCAGCUCCAUAUCUGAUUCUACAGGGGACCAUGACAAUGAUGAGUCUUCGGGUGUGACGCCUGACUGCGUGUCCCCGUCUCGGCCCCGAGUGGCCCCUGGUAAUGGCAGCAGCAGCAGUCCAGACAACAGGCUGUGUAGGAAGCUUUCUCCUGUUGAGGUCUAUUAUGCCAUGAGAACCACAACGCCACACAACUCGCUGGCCCACUCUGCCAGAAGCAAUAUGGAGGGGAGGAGUGUACCCGCCACACCCCUUCUCGCUCGGAACGGAUCCUCAGGUGUCCGCAACCACAUCAGGUCAGCUAUAUCCACCGUGACGACUACCAAGCAGUGGUCAGACAAUCCAGAGGUGACCCAGGUGGUCCCUCAUCAGUCUCAGGUUGGCGGCCCCUCCCCUGGCCCCUCCCCUGGCCCCUCCCCUGGCCCCCCGUCAGGGUCCUAUGAGCAGGGAGGAGGAGGGGGAGGCGGAGGUUACAGUGAUAUCCUGAUGGACUAUGUGUGGGGGAAGCAGCAGCAGCAGCAGAGACGGGUCCAGCAGGUCCCUUCCUCUGUCCCUGUACCUCCUCCUUCUCACCCCCACCCCCAGGGACAUCUCCCAGGGCCCCAGCAUGUCUCUGGGGGCCCGCCAGCCUACUCCAGCCCCCUGAUGCUCCGGGGGAAGCUUGGGGAGCCACGCCGGGUCAAGGUAACCCGUACCAAGUCGUGUGGUCCAUUCAUCCCUCUACAGCAACACCACCAGGAAGCGCUCCUCUUCUCCUCUUACACCUCCUCUGACCCUCCUCUCCCUCCCACCUCCUCCUCCUCCUCCACCGGGACCUCCACAGCUGCCCUGUAUCCCCACCGGGGUUCUGGGGUUGAGUCCUACCAGCACCAGCAUGGGUCUGGAUCAGGACCCGGUCCCCAUCUCAACCACAACCACCAGCUCGGACCACCCCAGUACUCUGACUCCGUCACCCCAGACGACCCCAUCCGCAGCCUGCACAAGGCCCUGGCUCUGGAGGGCCUGAGGGACUGGUACCUGAGGAACACCCUGGGUGGGGCGGGGGCGGGGGGGAAGGGACAGGGCCAGGACAACAGGGGACCCCCCAGGAGGCGUACCACCAACUCCCUGCACGGGUCACACCCACACCAGCCCCAGAUCUAUCAGGGAGACCGAGACAGAGACUACCCUCCCUGCCAGCUGCCACAAUCACAGACCUUCCACGGGCUUCCACUACAUGGCAGGUCUCUGUACCAGGAGUCCUUCCCAUCCCAGAUGCAGGAGCUGACCCUGAAAGAACCCAGUACUGACAGAGGUGACCUGCCUACCCCGGGUACACUGGUCUGACAACGACCUGCCUACCCCGGGUACACUGGUCUGACAACGACCUGCCUACCCCGGGUACACUGGUCUGACAACGACCUGCCUACCCCGGGUACACUGGUCUGACAACGACCUGCCUACCCCGGGUACACUGGUCUGACAACGACCUGCCUACCCCGGGUACACUGGUCUGACAACGACCUGCCUACCCCGGGUACACUGGUCUGACAACGACCUGCCUACCCCGGGUACACUGGUCUAACAACGACCUGCCUACCCCGGGUACACUGGUCUGACAACGACCUGCCUACCCCGGGUACACUGGUCUGACAACAACAACAAACAGAGGUGACCUGCCGACCCCGGGUACACUGGUCGAACAACGACAACAACAGACAUGUUACUGACUGAAUGAUACGCAAUCAUGUUAUAGGGAAACUUUUAUUGUACUCUGCAUACAGAAAGGAGAAUAUGGAAGACAUUUAUUACCACAUUUUUGGGAGAGGAUGAUGGAAGAAUGUGACAUUCUAGAACUCAAGAGAGAAGUCAAUGUUUUUUUUUCCCAAGGGAGCUUUUCUUUGCAUUGCAUCAUCAAAGUCGGAUCAUGCAUUGCUUCUGCAAGCUGAAUGAAAAGGUGCUUGAAAGAGUCCAGCACUUCAAUCAGUCUCUGGUGUAAAUAUAGGCCAGCUGAACAUAGCUGUAGUAGUUUAUACAACUAAUCCAGGUAAAGGAAGUCGAAAUGGUGCACGGCCAUGGACGGUGUUACAUGCUCCUCGGCUGUUACAGAAAUACUGCAUUUCUCAUCAUGAUGAACCGUCAUCAUCAUCAUCAUCAUCAUCAUAGAAUUCCAGGUCUUAGAUAAAUACACACAAAACCAACCAAACAGAAAGCACACCCACAUCUUGUCACACAGACCUUCCAGUACUAUGAAUCAGGUUGAUGAGAGAAUAACUCAGUUACACUGAUCCAUCUCAGUCUACAGAAGGUUCUGCAGUCUAUAAUCACACAUUUCUAUGACAGACAGACAAAACAAAAACAAAGGGGGACUGUCAUGUCAGCGAUGAGGUUUAAUCAGUUGUUUGUCCACGAGACACAGUAAGAGAAUACCAGCUCCCUCGAGCUCACGGCUCUCUCAAUAACACACAGCAACCUGGACUCAGGGGACAGACGUAACAUAGUAAGAGGAAAAUCCAGGACACUCCAUUUUAGUAUGAUAUGUUACGUUUCUUAUGGUGUGUAUUCAUUUGUGGAUGUCCCAUCAACCGUUUUCGUAUGUUAUGUUACGAAUUGCGAUUCGUACAAUAUAUUCAGAAAAUUUGCAAAACGUAUGAUAUGUUACGAAUUGCGAUUUGUUGUGGGGUAACAUUAGCUAGGUGGCUACCGUUAGCUAGGCUAGGGGGUUAGGGUUAGGAGUUAAGUUAAAGGGCUUAAUGUUAGGUAAAGGGUUAGCUAACAUGCUAACUAAUUGCUAAGUAGCUAAAAAGCGGUAAGUAGUUGCAAAGUUGCUAAUUAGCUAAAAAUGCUAAAACCUUUGGGUUGCUAGAUGUUCGUGUUA